AUGGCAACGCCCCGGGCUGCGGGCUUCGGGGUCCGGCCGCCCUGCAAUAAAGGCGGGGAGAGGAAGAGUGGGAUGGAGCCCCUUCCCCGCGGGUAUCCGGACGCCGCCGGGGAAAAGCGGAGCAGGAGACACCGUUGGCACCCAAAGCCCUUGGGAAGGGAGCAAGCGGCCUCCAAGCCGCCGCUGCCCCCAGCCCUGCAGCACCAGCCCGACCAGCGCAGCGCCCUGGGCGUCCCGUCCCGCCUCCUCCCGGGGCCGCCGCAGGCCCCGGGCCGGGAAGCGGGAUCCCGGGCCCGCAGCCGCGUCCCCGGGCCGGUGAUGCCCCCUCACCCCUGGGAGCCGAUGUGGGUCUGUCCUGCCGGGGCCUCGCUCCGCUCCCGCCGGUGCGGCCUCUCCUCUCCCCUUCGGCCUCGCCUCCUUUCUCCUCGCCGCUCCCAAAGCGGGCCCCAGCCCACCGCCCCCGCAGCCCCAACCUCCCCACCCCCCGGGCAGCCUUCCCCGCCCACCGGGCCCGGCCUCUCCGCCCCUCGGGCCCGCAGCCCCAUUCCGGGGAUGCCGACUCCCCCGCUUCAUUCCUUCGAUCGCAUUUAA